CGUUUGGGGGGAACAAGCGAUUAAUAAACCUUGCAAGAAACCUGAUUGGUUCUGACGCACUGCGCAGAAUCUUAUGUUACACAGCGGAUUGGUUGGACAGUGGCGGGGGAUUCCAUUUUUGUUUAGUGCAAAAAGUUGCUCAUGAAUGAUCAGGUCAAGAAAUAAAGUACAUGCGGUAUUCAAUUAUGUAUGUGGAUUGAAGAACGAAAAACAAUACUGUACAAACUCGGGUUAAACGAACGAGAUGGACUCUAAAUCUGUGGAGAAAUACCAGAGAUAUGUGAAAGAAGGCAAGGAUGAAGCCAGGAACGGAAACCUUAGUAGGUCACUCGAAUUAUUUAAUUCUGCCUACAAAAUUCAUCCCACUGAAAAGCUAAAAAGCAGAAUCCAGAAACUGGAAGAAGCCGUUGCGGAAUUGGCACGUCGAGGAGCAGGAAGUGAAGAAGAUGACGAUGAUGAGUUUGUUGACGUCAAUGGCAGUGGUUUAAUGCUCUUCAGAGAAUUGCAUGACAAGCUUUACGAACACCAAAAAGAAGGCAUAGCUUUUCUUUAUGGCUUGCACAGAGAUGGAAGAAAAGGUGGAAUUUUGGCGGAUGACAUGGGAUUGGGGAAAACCAUCCAAAUUAUUGCGUUUCUGUCAGGAAUGUUUGAUGCAGAGUUAGUCAAGUGUACAUUGAUUGUCAUGCCUACAACACUAAUUGCAAACUGGACAAAGGAAUUUGCCAAGUGGACCCCUGGAAUGAGAAUUAAAGAGUUUCAUGGCACUAGCAAAACUGAGCGGGUGAAGAACUUGGAGAAAGUCCAAAGAAGAGGCGGUGUGAUCAUAACAACUUACCAAAUGCUGAUCAACAAUUGGCAACUUCUGUCUAGCUUUAAUGAUAGGGAGUUCACAUGGGACUAUAUCAUUCUAGAUGAAGCUCACAAAAUUAAAACAUCAUCAACCAAAACAGCAAAAAGCGCACAUGCUAUACCUGCAAGGAACCGCAUCCUUCUCACUGGUACUCCUGUGCAAAAUAAUCUGCGGGAGAUGUGGGCGCUAUUUGAUUUUGCAUGUCAGGGAACACUCCUUGGAACAGCAAAGACUUUUAAAAUGGAGUAUGAAAGCCCCAUUACUCGAGCCAGAGAAAAAGAUGCUACAACAGGAGAAAAAGCCCUGGGUCUAAAGAUUUCUGAAAAUCUGAUGACAAUUAUAGAUCCAUACUUUCUAAGAAGGACAAAGCAAGACGUUCAGAAAGCAAAGCUCCUAAAAGAAGGUAAAGUUAAUGAAUUGGAUUCAGAAGACAAAGAGAACAAAAAUCCCAGUACUGGAGUUGAGAUGCCUUCUUUGACUAGAAAGAAUGACUUAAUUAUUUGGACUUACCUUAGUCCAGUACAGGAAGAUAUCUACAACAAGUUUAUUUCUUUAGACCAAAUAAAAGAGAUACUAAUGACUAACCGUUCUCCAUUGGCAGAACUUACGGUGUUAAAGAAACUCUGUGACCACCCAAGACUUCUGUCUGCCAGGGCCUGUGGCCAGUUAGGCCUAGAAGAUGGAGAUCAUCAUAGUGGAGAUGGUUUUGAUGAGAAUGAUACUGCUGCAGGAAAAAUUGAUCACCUGUCAGAUGAUACUUUGAUUAAUGAAUCGGGCAAGUUGACAUUCCUUGUGGGCCUGUUGGAAAGACUUAGAGAUGAAGGCAAUCGUACUCUUGUCUUCUCUCAGUCGAGAAAAAUGCUUGACAUCCUCAGUCGCAUUUUAGUUAACAGGGGUUUCAAGCUGCUACGUAUCGAUGGAACGAUAACCGAUUUAUCUGAACGUCAGAGACGUAUAACACUUUUUCAGAACGGCAAAGAAUACUCUGUCUUUCUUCUUACAACUCAAGUUGGUGGGGUUGGAAUUACUCUCACAUCUGCAAAUAGGGUUGUGAUUUUUGAUCCAAGUUGGAAUCCUGCAACAGAUGCACAAGCUGUGGACAGAGCCUACAGAAUUGGGCAAACAGAAAAUGUUGUGAUCUACAGGCUAAUCACCUGUGGGACUGUGGAAGAAAAAAUAUACAGACGUCAAGUCUUCAAGGAUUCCUUGAUCAGACAGACAACUGGCGACAAAAAAAACCCAUUCAGGUACUUCAGCAAACAAGAGUUGAAAGAGCUUUUCAAACUGGAAGACACGCGGUCAUCCUCCACACAGAUCCAGCUUCAAUCACUACAUGCAACGCAGAGACGUACAGAUCCUGAGCUGGAUGAACAUAUUGCUUACCUGUAUUCUUUGGAAAUGUUUGGCCUCUCAGAUCAUGACCUCAUGUUUUCAUCAGAAGCAGCUAGUCAUGAAGAUCACCCAGAGGACACAGAGGCUCAGCACUAUAUUGAGCAUAGAGUGUUGAAAGCUCAAGAGCUGAUGAAAGUAGAAUCUGAGCUACAUCAGCAACUGAUGGAGAAUAUUAAAUCUGGCACUGAGCCAGCAUGGCUUCACAAUCCAGAGCCUCCAAAGAGAUCACUUGAAACAAAAAGAGUUAAAACAGAGACUAACAUUCCCACACCCAAGUGGACUGAAGAUUCUGCUGUUUCACCUCCUGCGGUUGUAGAUCUGACUCAAGAAAGCAUUGAACAAAAUGAGGAUAUACACCAUUUAAGUAACAAAAUUAACAAUUUUGUUCUAGAUGAUAGUUGUGAAGAAUCUGAGAAGAAUUCUAGCAAGGAGUCUUGUUUGACUGUGGGAAACAAGAGAGAGAGUGAAGCUUCAGAGCAUUCUGAAAAUAAAGUUCUUGAAGACCGAUUUCAUUCAGAAGAUUCCUCAAAAUCAAGUGCAAAAGUAUCUUCUCCUGCCUGUGGAGCAGAUAUAAAUUACAGUUCUGAAUGUGAAUUAGUAGCUGAUGUUGCUGAGGAAGCAGUUAUUUUGCCAGGCCCUCAAAAUAAAUCUGUAAAAGAUGUCAGUUUUCAGAAUUUUGAGAUCUCCCCUGCACUUUCUAUGAUGGAGGGCAGAGAUAUCCAAAUAUUGUCGCCUUGUCCAAAUAAUUCAGGCUUGGAAUGCCCUGCAGCUGGUCUUCCCGGAUCUUACUCGGGUGAAGACAGUGAUUUUGAGGAAGAUAUUGUCUCAAAAUCCAACUCUUUGUCUGUGUCACAUCCCCAGUGUGACUUUAAUCUUCAAUUGCAAGAUAGUGCAGAAGAAAUGUUUGAAAAUAACAGUAAUUCUGUGCAUACUGAACUUAAUUCAGACCUUCAGCUCCGUAUGGAAAGUAGUUCAAGUUCUCUUAAAGAGCUGCCUCCAAAUGAUGAUCCAAAAAUAAGCAGCACUGAUAAUUCUCCACAAAGAGGGUUAUUAUUUAUUUCUCAGAGUGAAGAUGAGAAUAUGGCUGAAGGGUCUUUCAUUCAUACUGCUAGAAAGAAAAAUAAAGCAAGAGUAAUUUCUGAUAGUGAUGAUGAGGAUGAUGAAAGCAGCAACUCUUCAGCAGGGAAGCACAACCAUGUGGAAGGGUUCUCUUCAGUUGGUAGCCCUUUGCAUCAAUCCUUUUUGGGUGUUAAUGCGUCGACUCCUAAGCAGAACAACUCUGUAUUGCACUCCUCAGCUUCCCUGAUCCCUCUCAGAAAGAGCAUAGGUGGCAAUACAUCUGUUGCAUCGCGAAAAUCUUUUGUGAGUGCUGUUGUGGAAGACAUCGAAGAUAUGGAGGAGUCUGAUGAUAAGGAGUCAGAGGAAGAAAGUAGCAUGGCAGAGGAGGAAGAAGCAAAUGGUGAAGAGUCUGUGCUUUCAGAAGGGGAACCAACAGGAGAGACUUUAAACACGGAGGAAGGGACAGAAGAGGAACCUACAGGAGAAUCUUUGAACACAGAGGAGGAAGAGACAGAGACAGAAGAGGAACCUACAGGAGAAUCUGUGAACACUGAGGAAGGACAGGAGGAAUAUGAUGACACAAAUGGUUUUGAGAUGGAAGAGGUUGAGGAAAGUACCCAGGAUGAAUCCACUGGUGAUAUUGAGCUAAGAUCAGAUGAAAAUAUGGACUGUUGCACAAUUGAGAAGGACCCGCCUAGAAAUCGUGACGCAACCAAUACGUCUCCAUCGGCAGAAGACAAAUAUGAAUACUUGGUGAAAUGUGGGAAAGGACUGUAUGGAGAAGGAAACUUUAAAGAAGCUUUGGAUGUUUUCUUGCAGGCCCUUGACCUUAAAAGUGGGGAUCCUGAAAUUCAGUUAAUGACAAUAAGACUAUAUCGUCAACUUAGUAAAAGCUAAGGGGAAAGCAAGUUACCACAAGUUAUUCAUUUUUGGUUAAAAAAGCAAGCAGUUUUAUAAAGGUCAUGUUUAUUGUUUUUGAAGCACUUUGAUUUGUUUCAUUUAGUAGUAUUAAGUGUAGGAAUAAAAUAUGAAAUUGCAAUUUGCCUUGGUAAGCUUUUAUUUCAAUCACAUUUAUAGGCUGGUAUUUUAAUCAAGCAUGACAUCUAAUCAAUUAGUCUAACAUGAUGAAUCCUCUCUAUUUACGAAUCUCUGUGUAUAAUAUGUAUCUUAAACUAAAUUGAUCUGACUUUUUAACAUUUUAUAUCCCCUAGCAAGACAUUGUAAAGCCUGGAUGAUAUGUGCAUUACAGCAAUAUUACUGGCAUGGUAUUUGAAAUAGCAAAUGGGGCACUUACCCACCAUAACCAACAUGGCCCCUUAUUUACAUAAUAUGCAUUGUGUGCUUAAAAAAAAAAGUUAACUGACUCUAAUUGUUAUACCGUCGGCGCCUCAAUAAUCCGUCACUCAUUUAGGUGUCAGUCAGCUCUGUAACUGAUUGAUUCUAUUAUACAGUACUACAUAUAACUCUUGCAUGCGUUUUCCGACUGUCUAUUUGUUACAUCAACACUAUAUUGCUAUAUUAUUAUUAACUCUCAUGUAUCAAUCCCUGGGUUAAAAACAGACUAUUGUUUAAGUUGCCUACUGAUAUAUUUGAUUGUUGCUUUCAAAAUAAAUCCCAUUUUAAUACAGAACAUUACUGUGCUGUACUGUGAAUAUUGUUUUCCAGUACUGUAACUUAAAUGUUUUGCUGUCUUACAGUAAUAAUUGCAGGUGUCCACUAUAGUCUUAUGGUGGCGGGUCUGAAAUAUUGUUGCUCAUCUGGUGUCUGUGCCUGUCAGGUGUCAUUGCUUUGUCUCUACACGUUAAGCAAUGAUCUGAUUUAUUUUACAGUAAUGUGUAUUGGGGGGGAAGGGAUUACAGAAAGGUUUCAAUGAGUUGAAAGAGACAAUCUCGCAGGCAUACACACACUUUCUGGGCAGCCAGGGUAGAAAAUUAACCACU